GCCCGCCGCCAACGCGUGGACCCCCUCGAGGGCCACCGAGUCGAUCCCCUGGACGAGCUGGACAAGGCAGUGCUUCUGGAGCUGGCGGUACAGAAAGGGAUGGACCCUCUGGGCCAUCCACGCGCACUUUUGGAAAGCAAGGAUCUGAAGGGGAUCAUCUCUGCCCUCAACAAGGAGAACAAGGACUUGGUCGAGCAGAACAAGAUCCUGUACGGUCAAGCAUGUGUUGCUGACCAGUGGGGGCAGUGGUACGAGAAUGAACGAGCCGCUGG